AUGAAUUAAAUAGUUUUACCUAAAUAUUAAGGAAACGAACUUUUAUUGCAUUCAGUUGCACAUUCAAAUGUAAAAGACAUAUUAACUCUUUUGGAUGAUAAUGAAGCAGAUGCUAAUGCUUGUAAUAUAAAUGGAGCAACUGCUUUACAUUAUGCAGUAUAGAUUUAAAAUCCGACUAUAGUUGAAAUAUUGUUAAAAUAUAAAGCUGAUCCAAAUAGACAUGAAUAUCAUGAUGUUGGAGAAAAAACGCCAAUACAUUAUGCUGUAGAAAAAAAUUCCUUUGAAGUUUGCAGUAAAUUAUUAGAUUAUGGUGCUAAUCCUAAUUUAAAAGAUAAAAGAGGAAUGACUGCAUUGCAUUAUGCUGCGAAAUUAGGUUUUAAACAAAUUUGCAAUUUAUUAUUUUCACAUGGUGCUGAUAUUAAUUAAAGAGAUGUAAAUGGUUUUAAUGCAGCUUAUUAUGCUUAGGCUAAUAAACAUUUGGAUUUAUUAUAAAUUUUAGGACCAGCUAAAAGUAUUCCUCCAGCUGAUUUACUAGAGUAUAAACAAUAAAUGAGAGAAAUACAUGGGAUAGUAGUAAAACCUUUAAAAAAGAAAAAAAAAAAGAAAAAAAAAAAAUGA